UCAAUUGAUUCCUUCAUUUCCUUAAUGAAAGUAUAUGAAUAGUUUGUGCUUAAGAAACAGGAAUGCUGCAUCUUGCAGUAAUGUUUUCAUUAGAGUUGCAAACCACAUUCUGAGAAUCCCAGGUAUUUUAUGGAUCACUACAUAAUUCCACCAUCCAAAGGUAGCUGUUGCAGGCUGGCUAGCCCACAUACCUGCCAUCCACAGAACCAAAAAAGUUGGUUGCCACCACACUACCAGCCCACAUGAAGCCAUCUGGGCCCAUUGACACCAGAUGAGAAUGGAAGACUAGCUGUACCAGUUACCAUUUUGUCACGCUGGACUGUCCAGAGACAUGUUGAGGGUGGGAGUGGUGGGCGCUGGUGCCGCUGGUCUGGUGGCGGCCCGCCUGCUCGCGGCCAGGCCCAGUGAGUUUGCUGCACCCGUGGUGUUCGAACAAGCCGGCUCCGUCGGCGGCACCUGGGUCUACACAGACUGCGUGGGCUCUGACAGACAUGGGCUGCCCAUUCACUCCAGCAUGUACCAGAACCUCAGAACGAAUCUACCUAAAGAAGUGAUGGGGUUUCCCGACUUCCCCUUCAAGUCAGACAGUUACAACGGAAAGUCCUUUAUCUUCCACGAAGAAGUGCUUGACUACCUGUGUAGAUACGCCGACCGAUUUGAUCUGGAACAGUACAUCCUGUUUGAGACGCGCGUGGAGAAUGUGACGCCCACCAGUGCCAACGACCCGGCGUCCGGAUGGUCCGUGACCACGCGCGACCUCAACACCAACAAGACCAGUCACCACUUCUUCGACGCUAUGAUCAUUUGCAACGGGCACUACUCGGUGCCAACCGUGCCUGACCUGCCCGGUAUAAGACAGUUUAAGGGCGAGGUCAUCCACAGCCACGACUACCGUGUGCCGGCGCCGUACACCGGGAAGCGUGUGAUCCUGCUGGGUGGACGAGCGUCCGGCAUUGACAUUUCGGUGGAGGUGGCCACCGUCGCCAAGCAGGUGUAUCUGUCCCACAACCAGCCUCCGUUCGUGGCUACGCUGCCGGACAACAUGCAGCAAACGGUCGGCAUCGAGAGCAUGGACCCCGACGGUGUCGUGCUCAAGGACAGCCGACGGCUGGCUGUCGACGCGCUGAUCCUCUGCACCGGGUACGAGUUCGAGUUUGCGUUCCUGUCGCCGGCGUGCGGGGUGGAAGUGGUGGAGCGCCAGGUGAGACCGCUCUACAAGCACGUGAUCCACACCGGCUACCCGCGGCUGGCCUUCAUCGGCCUGCCCACGGUCGUGCUGCCGUUCCCGCUCUUCCACAAGCAGGUGGAGUUCGUGCUGGCGAGUCUGAGCGGCCGCCUGCGCCUGCCUUGCCGGCCAGAGAUGGACGCCGACACGGCCGCCGACCUGGAGACGCGGCUCCAGCUGGGCCUGCCCGCGCGUUACGCGCACCUGCUCGGCCCGCUGCAGUGGGAGUACAUGGACGUGCUGGCGAGCGCAGCCGGCGCCGAGCCCGUGCCCGAGGCCGUGCGUCAGCUCUACGAUGAAGUGCACGCGCAGCGCGCGCGCGACCUGCGCGGCUACAAGGAGCGCGCCUUCCGCAUCACGGGGCCCGCCACGUUCGUUGAGGUCACUGACGAGGUAAUGGCCGACCUGGCCAGCAAGCUGUGACGCCCGCCGAAACGGUGGCAUGCCCACCGAAGCUGGGAGGGGGUGGUGCACGAACGCCGGCCUGAGUUUGAGGCACAGGACGUGGGUGAGGAGCAAUGGCUUACCACCGAUCAGCUCCGAUUGUCUUAGCUCAGCUCAGAUCAUCCUAGAUCAGCUCAAAUCCACUCAGCUCAGCUCAGCU